AUUUAUACCCGAUCUGGCCACAGUGCGAAGUUCGUCGUUUCUAGUAUCGACGUCGGUGCACUCAAUUAUGCCAAAUCUGGACACACUGUGGUUUUUAUACGAUGUCACAGUGCAAUUGCGGAAAGAUCCACGAUGAAGGAAAUUUGGGUAUGGAGUAUAGUUUGUAUAAGAAAAUUGAUAUACAAAAUGUGGAAUGCCUAAACGAAUGUCAAGAAGGUAGCGGUGCUACUGUAUUCAAGCCAUGGGAAGAUAGAUUAGAUACAAGCAGAUAUGUUGAAAGUGACAUGGAUAACGAUCUCCUAUUUAAUAUUCCUUUUACAGGAAACGUAAAAUUAAAAGGCCUUAUCGUUAUUGGCAGUGAAAAUGAUUUUCAACCAAAUAAAGUAAAAUUAUAUAAAAAUCGACCUUUUAUGACAUUGGAUGAUGUAGCCACAGAACCCGAACAAGAAUUUGAAUUAUGUAUUGAUAUGCAUGGAAUGCAUGAAUAUUCUCUUAAGAUAGUAAAAUUUUCAUCUGUAUAUCACUUAAGUUUAUAUUUUACUGGCAAAGAAGGAGUAGAUAAAAUCAAAAUUUAUUAUAUUGGAUUAAAAGGGGAAUGGUCUCCUGGUCAUCAACACGGUGUUACUAUUUGCACGUACGAAUUACGUCCACAGAUACAUGAACAUGCAAAGGAUCAUGAUAAUGUCGAUAGAGCAAUUACUUGAUUUUAUAGUAGGAACCGAACAAAAAAUUCGUUCUCUGCUUUGAAGCAAAGAAUUCCG